AUGAAGCUUUCCUUCUCAGUUCCUUCAUCCAAACCCCAAUCCAAGCCCAAACCCGUCAACACCUUCGACGACACUUCCACCGCCCAAAACGACACCGGCAGAUCCAAACACCUCAUCACCGAAUUCGAUCCUUCCAAACCUGCUCCAUCUCUCGCCCCCAAAACCCUAAUUCCCCCAAUCCAAAACCAAUGGAAACCCUUCAAGAAGAUGAAGAACCUCCACCUCCCCACCACCGACCCCGAAUCCGAAGCCCUCACAUUCGAACUCCACGCCGCCGACGAGCAACCCGACUCCGACGUCUCCUACGGCCUCAACCUCCGCCCCGUCAAAAAAAGUGAGCAAAACAAUGACACCGCGCUUCCGCCGCCGUCUUUGCGCCGCGUUCCGGUGGAGAGCACGAUGCUGCAGAAGCUGAAGGACGACCUGCAGAGGCUGCCGGAGGACCAGGGGUUCGACGAAUUCAAGGAUGUCCCGGUCGAGGGUUUCGGCGCGGCGCUUCUCGCCGGGUACGGGUGGAAGGAAGGAAUGGGGAUUGGUAAGAACGCGAAGGAGGACGUAAAGGUUGUGGAGAUCAAACGGAGAACUGCCAAGGAAGGAUUGGGGUUUGUUGGUGAUGCUCCUGCUGCUAUGGUUCGGGGCAACAAUGUCAAGGACAACAAGGACAAGGACAAGGAGAAGAAUGAAAAGGAGAAGGUUGUUAGGAUUGUUGGGGGAAGAGAUGUUGGACUGAAAGGUAGUGUUGUGUCUAGGAUUGGGGAUGAUUAUAUUGUUUUAGAGCUUUCUAGGAGUGGAGAGAAGGUGAAGGUGAAGGUGGGGGAUGUUGCUGAGUUGGGUUCUAAGGAGGAAGAGAGGUGUUUGAGGAAAUUAAAGGAGUCGAAGACUCAGCGUGAGGAUAAAGGGUCGAAGAGGAAGCACGGCAGGGAUGAGGUGGAGGAGAAGAGAGUGGAUGCUAGUAGGAGGGAGGAGAGGCGAGGGGUGGAUAGCCAGAAUGGGGUUGAGGAGAAGAGAGUGGAUGCUGGUAGUAGAGAGGAGAGCAGAGUGGUGGAUCAUAGGAGGGUUUCUUGGCUUACAAGUCACAUUCGGGUGAGGGUGAUUAGUCGGGAUUUGAAAGGAGGGAGGUUGUAUUUGAAGAAGGGGGAGGUUCUGGAUGUUGUUGGGCCUACCACUUGUGAUGUAUCUAUGGAUGAGAGCAGGGAGAUUGUUCAAGGGGUGUCCCAAGAUUUUUUGGAGACGGCAAUUCCAAAACGUGGGGGACCUGUGCUUGUGUUGGCAGGUAAAUACAAGGGUGUUUUUGGGAGUCUGGUGGAGAGGGAUUUGGACCGGGAAACUGCGAUUGUUAGGGAUGCUGAUACCCAUGAGCUGCUCAAUGUGAAGCUUGAACAAAUUGCUGAAUAUAUAGGGGACCCAAGCUUAUUGGGACAUUGA